CCACGCGCACGUCCAACGCGCAACUACGUCACCAUCCGGUGUCUACGCUAGAGAAGGGCGCGAGAUAGAAAUACAGGAGCGCGGACAACCCGGGCGCUCCGCUCCAGCUGGCUAGUAGCUGCAACUUUACCAUUCAACACCGUGCCUCCUUCACUGAACCGCCUCACGGAGACAACAAACGCGCGGAAUACACUGAUAUAUUACCAGAUAUACGUGCACAUGACGUGCAACGGCUGCAGGACAAAUCACCGCCUGACCAUAAACAACAGAAACAGAGGGAAAUGUCUUGGUGGCCGCGCGGAUGGGGAGGACGGCAUGCACCAGGACACCGAUUCCGAUGUGGCAGAGCAGAGAGAUGGUGGCAAAGUGAAGGUGAAAUGGACACAAGAGGAGGAUGACAAGCUCAAGGCUCUGGUUCAAAAACUAGGACCAAGUGAUUGGAAAUAUAUCGCCAACUACAUCCCAAAUCACACUGAGCACCAGUGUCAGCACCGUUGGUUUAAGGUCUUGGAUCCAGAAUUGGUCAAAGGCCCUUGGACCAAAGAGGAGGACGAGAAGGUCAUAGAACUCGUCAAUCUCUACGGCAACAAGCAGUGGGCGAUGGUAGCCAAGCACCUGAAGGGCCGACUGGGGAAGCAGUGUCGAGAGCGCUGGCACAACCACCUCAAUCCCAAUGUGAAGAAGUCGUCGUGGACGGCGGAGGAGGACCUCAUCAUCUACAAGGCGCACUGCCUGCUGGGAAACCGCUGGGCUGAGAUUGCCAAGCUGCUCCCUGGAAGGACGGAUAACGCCGUGAAGAACCACUGGAACUCCACCAUCAAGCGCAAAUUAGAGAUGGGCUUCUUUUCCGGGGAGGUCUUUAGGCCAAAUGAACUUGAAGAGCUGUUGGACCGUGUAAAUAAAGAUGUGCAGAUGGCCAGUUGCUCCCAAGAUGGCGCAGAAAAGGAUCCAGAGCAGACGAUGCAACCUUCGGAAACGCCCGUCUCAGCCGCGGUUAAAGCCGCAUCCGGCGAAGUGGGCCCGUCAAAGGCCGCGUCCUCUCCGAAGGACGGCCUAAGUCCCAAGAGCGAAGCAGACGCCUCGGGAGAAGUGAACAGUACCAGCUGGGUGGUGGAUAGCUCUGGCUUUCUCUCCCCCACUGGCCCAGUACUGAAGGAAGUGCUGGACAUGGUGGACGGAGACCUGGAUGGCUGGUGCAACCUAGCGGCCUUCGACCUGCCGGUGGACAGUCCGAGCCCAGAGCGCCACCAGUUUCGGCUGGAGGGCAGCGCCCUGCAGGAGCUGAGCAAAGGCAGCAAGGGCGAACUCAUCCCCAUCUCCCCCGGAGGGGUCACGCCGCCCUCCAUACUGAACCGCCGGAGACGCAUCGCCUUGUCCCCCGACGGCAAUAACUCCAUGACUCCCAAGAGCACUCCUGUCAAAAUCUUGCCCUUUUCUCCAUCUCAGUUCCUCAACAUGUUGACCAAGCUGGACACUCACGACCUGGAGAACCCGUCCCUCACAUCGACGCCGGUGUGCAGCCAGAAAGCCAUUGUUACUACACCGCUACAGCGUGAGAAGACCCCCCUCACCCAGAAGGAAAACUCUGCGUUUGUCACACCCAACCACAAGUCCGAGCUCUGUUCAACCCCGCGAACUCCGACACCGUUCAAAAACGCCAUGGAAAAGUACGGGCCUCUGCAGCCUCUGCCUCAGACUCCGAACCUUGAAGACGACAUAAACGAGGUCAUCAUGAGAGACUCUGGGAUUGGCUUGGGUGGUGUACGCUCGACUCCGCCUGAGCAAAGGCGCAAAACGAUGCAUCGGCCUCCUAUGAAGAAAGUGCGGAAGUCAUUGGCCCUGGAUGCCGUGGACUGCCAUGUGAUGUCUACAUCUAAACGCAAAUCCCUUAAAAUUGAAGCCAAACACGCAAUUAAGGAAGAGCCGGUGAUAGUGUCUCUCAACACCUCGUCAUUUUGCAGUAAGCAGCACGACAAUAUUUUGGACCAGGGCUUCCUUUUCGGACCCAGCGACAGUGCCAUAUUUCCCAGCACGGUGCCUCCAGUUACGAUGUCAAAAGAAUGGGAGACGGUUGUUUGCGGACAAACUAAAGACCAGCUCAUAAUGACGGAGAAAGCGAGACACUACCUUCGCUCGCUAAAAUCCCGCGCCCCCAACCGGGCGCUGAUUCUGUCCUGAGACGUGUCUCGUCUUCACACCAACACGUUACACAUGCAGAACUUAAUGUUGCCGUUUGUCCCCUGUACCGUUUUGCCGUUGUAACCUGUGGUGUAGAAAAGCAGCAUGUCAUGUGUAGGUUUAGUACAGUUCUCAUUAGCAAUCACAACACUGACAAUAUAUAGCCCCAUGAAUAAUUUAAGGGGUGAUUUUAGAUUAAAUCUCACUUAAAUGGCCUCGUGCAAGGCUUGAAAAAAAUCAAAUCAAAUAAAUCGCAUUUAAUUGUAUUGUCACUUAAAAAAUCAAAAAGAGCAAUGAACGUAGAAUCAAAAUAAAUCACGUCCAUACACUUUAGCUAUCACUGAAACAACAUGGUUUUACAUUGCGUAAUGUGUCAGUAAUUUAAGUGUUUUUAAAGUUGUGAAGAGUACAAAGACUCCUUAUCACCUCCAUAUCUUAAGUUCUGUUUUAUGACGUGAAUAUGGAGUAAAUUCAGACAGCUUGAUCACUAAUGCGUUUAGAGACAUUGAAAAUGUUAAGUGAAUAUUUUCUUGUAAAAAUGUGUGUCUAGAUUCAUAAUAUACAUCUCAAUAUGCAAAUUAAAAGUGAGGUCUUAAGGGGGAAAAUUGGGUGUCUGCUGGAAAUGUAACAGUUCCCAGCAGCACAUAUCUUCUAUCCAUCAAGGAGACCUACUUCUGAUCCAGCUGAGUGAUGGAUAGACUUGGGAAAGUUGUUGCAGCAUCCAUGUAGUGGCGAUGUAAUGGGGUCAUGGAUGCUGUACCAACAUUGAUGUUGAGAAUAUUAUGUCAGUUGGCACUGUUUGUAAAUAUUUAGAGUUGUAUGUUUUUACUUUGUAUCGCAGCAUUUUGUUAAGAAAUUUAAUAAAACACAAUUAAU